AUGGCCUUACGAUUAUUGUUUGGAAGCAAAGUUCUUCAACACAAACCAAUUGCCAAUGGACACGGGAUCUUUGCACGAUUCAGCCGAGCGGCGUCUACUGAUAAAGGCCCCACUUUCGACUGGGAGGAUCCGCUGAAUCUGGAAUCACAGCUGAAGGAUGAUGAAAUCGCUAUUCGCGACUCAUUCCGGGCAUACUGUGAGGAUAAACUCAUGUCCCGUGUCAUCGAAGCCAACCGGAAUGAAGUAUUUCAUAAGGAAAUCAUGAAGGAACUCGGCUCGUUCGGUGUACUAGGUUGCACGAUUAAGGGCUACGGAUGUGCCGGUGUUAGCAACGUCGCGUACGGAUUGUUGACACGUGAAGUAGAACGAAUCGAUUCCGGUUACCGGUCUGCUUUCAGUGUACAGAGCUCACUGUGUAUGGGCGCUAUCAACGACUACGGCACUGAUGCACAGAAGGAAAAGUAUUUGCCUCGUAUGGGACGCGGUGAAAUUAUCGGAUGCUUCGGAUUGACCGAGCCCAAUCACGGCAGUGAUCCGUCCGCAAUGGAAACACGUGCGGUGCACGACCCAAAGACAAAAACGUAUGUGCUUACUGGUAGCAAAACGUGGAUUACCAAUUCCCCCAUCGCGGAUCUUUGCAUCGUAUGGGGUAAAACGGAGGAUGGGAAGGUGCGUGGCUUUAUCGUAGAUCGAGCGGAAAGUUCCGAAGGUUUAGCAACGCCCCGGAUCGAAGGAAAGUUCUCGCUGCGUGCUUCUGCAACGGGCAUGAUACUAAUGGAUGAAGUCCGAAUUCCGGAGGAUAAUUUAUUACCGAACGUGAGUGGCAUGCGUGGACCGUUUGGAUGUUUAAACAAUGCGCGGUACGGCAUUGCAUGGGGUGCGCUUGGUGCAGCUGAAUCCUGUCUUAAGGUGGCCCGCGGGUAUACGUUGGAUAGGAAACAAUUCAAAAAGCCGCUAGCCGCGAAUCAGUUGAUGCAGAAAAAGAUGGCCGAUAUGCUGACGGAGAUCAGUCUCGGAUUGGCGGCCUGUUUGCACGUCGGACGUCUAAAAGACCAAAAGCUACACACGCCGGAAAUGAUUUCAAUGCUUAAACGUAACAAUGCCGGCAAAGCGUUGGAGAUUGCACGCGUAGCGCGUGACAUGCUCGGUGGAAAUGGAAUCGCCGAUGAGUACCACAUUAUUCGCCAUGUGAUGAAUCUUGAAGCGGUUAACACUUACGAAGGAACACACGAUAUCCAUGCACUAAUCCUUGGACGCGCAAUCACCGGACUGCAGGCAUUUGCUUAG